AUGGUACGCGGUGUUAUUCUCGGAAAAUCGUAUUUCCUGUUUGGCAGCUUACCGUGAGCUAAGGUUCGCCUAACACCUACUACCGACCAAUGAGGAUUCCUGCAGUUCGUUGCUGAGCCCAGUGACGUAUGACAGAGAGGGAAAAUGUGCUGAUGUUUUGGUCAAGCUGAUGUUGAUGUCAUUGUUGUUGUGGGUAUCUGGUCUCUAUUGGGGCGAGUUUCUCAUUCAACGGCAGUGCUUAGAACAAGCAAUUGUCUGUUCCAGCUAAGUGAGGCCCCUGUGUACCGCUGCAUUAGUUGUCGAACCUUUCAUUCUUUGAGGGCUCUUAGAUGUUCUCGAAGAGCUCGAGCUUAAUGUGUGGAUAUCAGCGAUAUUCAGUCGCCCCUCCUGUAGACGCGGCGUCAAAGAUAGGUGCAGUCACUGCUGCUGUGUGUGAACAGCAUCAAACCUUUAGACAGAUAGCGACAGCAGCGUUUUAGUGGCUGCGGUAUAACUUUAUAUCCACGCCGUUCGUCUAUUUAAUAUACACACAUGAUUACUGUGUCUAUAAUAGGAGAGAGGAAAUUAAAGAUCGCCUUUUUGACCAGCACUUUUGGUCAAGUGUAGAGUGAAACGACGUCUCAUUUGUUGUGACGCAGAUCCAAACGCUUAUUCAAAGACUUAAUUGCGUCUGAUUUUGUUCAAUUUCGACAUAUACUUAAAUAUACACACAUACAAAUAUUGAGAAUCAUUAGAAACAGUCUGUUCGGGUUUUGUGUAUAGCGUGCGCAUAUAUGAACGCGAUUGGUUGUCACGGUUACAUAUGCUGUUCGUAAAUGUAUGUGAUGAUGCCUAACCGGUGAUGUGUUAGACGAAAGUGACACGAUAUUUUUGAGUAAACAACGAUCACGAGUGAAGUGCUAUUACUGGGUCAUAUGUUGGCCAAGUAUAGUGAGAGCUCGCGGUGUGUCAGCCACUGAUUUCUUUGUGGUUACCUUUAUGCAUGUCAGUAAACGACAUUGCAAUACGGGCUGUACAAUACGGCUCGAGUGCAUCCGGGAAGCUGGGUUGUUUCGGUCACCACUAGGCGUAAGAGACGUGCGACUAAGUUGGGUAUCGCGCACACGCCCUAUUUAAAUAUCGAUUUUCGCUCGUACGAACAAAAGCAGUUAGAGGCGGUUCGGUGCGGCGCAGUCUGUUUCUUAACGAAGACGCAACUGAUGAUGAUGGCGGUCUCUACGGCGGGCUGGUGCUGUCGCUCACUGCCGUUGUCGAGCUGUCGUCCGCCGCGAUGAAGAGGCUUACCAAUGAGGGAGGUGGGUCGCCGAGUUCGAAACUGGCCAGAGUUGCUGUGAUGGUGAGUCAACAACAAACUUCGCAGACGCAAACGCAGCAACAGCUACAGCAACAGCCUCUCAACAAUCAGCCGCAGCAGCAGCAGCAGCAUCACCGUAACAACUACCACUACGACGACGAACGGGUAGACGAGCAGCUAACACGACAGCAUCAAGGGAGAGGGGGCCAGAAUAAUAACGACAGUAACAGCACCACUGGCCGAUUGCAGCAGAAGAAACUCGAACAGCGCAACGGUGAUAAUGAUAGGCCCCAGCUAGAACAGGACGGGAGCUCAGUACUGAACGACGCGAGUAAGUUGAAGGAACAGGUGGCGCGAGUGCGACGGAAACAGCAAAGAAGUCAACCGAACCAUCACGAUCACAAACAAACAGUGCUGCAGACAGACCAGGAGCAAGGUGGUAAGUUUCGACUGGAGUCGCCGAAAACAGGAAACGCCUUAAAGCACCGCUUAGAACAACAACAGCAGCAAGUGCAGGGGCAAUCGCGAGCACAACAACGAAACCGAAGCUCAACGAGUCAGGACCACAAAGAUCAGAAGCUAAAUAGUCCGCAAGGAAUUCGUGAAAAAACGAUUCAGAGCAGAAACAAACAAUAUCAGCACCAGUCUAAUCAACACAAUAUUCACGUGGCAAGUGUGCACAAGGCACACAAUGACGACUGUCAUGAGCAAAAACGGCAACAUAUCAGAAAAGAAAGUAGCGUAAAACACGCGGAAAGUAACCGUUUUGCAGCAGCUUCGAAGACUGCGAAAACAGUGACGAACUGUGCGGUUUUGAAGUUGCCGGCCGAUAGAACAUCUACUCAAAUCUCCUCCCGCAUCGCAGCAGCUACAGCAAGCGCUCACAGAAAAACCAGCAUGAUGCUGCAAGCAAACUGCUCCGCUGUGAAAACCACAAUAUUAUCUGCCGGUGAAGGUGAUGAUGUGGAUGCGGAAAACGGAAGGAACUGCAGCGCCGACAGCAGCAGUCGCGGCAGCACGCCGAUGGCAACGUCAGAGGUCAUUCUGCAGAGUGGACUGCAGCCUCGACAGACAGCCCAAGGGGGCCAGCAAACAGUCUCUACGCCUGGGUCGACAGCGUCAACGGCAGAGGGGUCAACUGAUCGCAGCGGAACUAGCCGUGAGAAAGCGAUUCGGAUGUUACGCAAGAACGCUUGCGAUGACUGGGAGCAGCGCCUCGGUGAAGGCGAUGGGGGCAACAGAAAGACAGAUGGAUUAAGCACCGCUAGUGUCCUUUAUCGGGAUAGGUUGACACUGUUGCCAAUUAACUGCCAAGAGAAGCUCGUGUUUAUUGUAGACAGUAGCACAGAAACGGGUCAGCCAUGUGGACAGUUCGUCGACGGCUCACCUGCCUGUAUUCUAGAUGCGCUCAAGAAAGCCAUACGUUUACUAGCCUUACGAAGAACUGGAAUGAAUCCGUCUGCACAGGUGGGACUGGUAGAAUGGGGUCGAACGCCUCGAUGGAAAUUCUUUCCUCGGUCCAUAUCGUCGGACCAUGCUAGCUUGGAUGCAAUAUUCGAUAAACUCCAUCCGGCCACUGCCAACGAAGAGUUGUGCGAUUUCAACUACGUUCUUCAGAGCAUCAAAGAGCGAACUGGCCUUUCAAUGAUGUGGAACAAAACAUGCCCAUCAUUUGUUGUUCGAGCCAUUGUUUUCUAUUGUCGAUCGACACCACCUUCAUGGUCGGUUUCCGAAACGUCGACGUCACAUCGUUCCACGGUGGUUGAAAACACCUCCCAUAGUGGACCCCUUAUGACCUCCGAUUCUGGCGACCGAGUUCAAAGACUCGUGGAUCUUAAAUAUCAUCCAUUAUUUACGUUGGAUGCCGUCUUUAUGCUACCAAAGGCUUCUUGUUUGAAGCAUGAACCGCAAAUCGUUUCGGUGGAAGAUCACUCUGAGCGAGCAAGGACUGCUCAGGCUCUAGAGAAAGGCGAUCAGAUUAUUCAUGGAGACGGCACUCCGAUGCAAGAUUGCGAAGUUGAACAAGCGCAAGAGGUGGUAGGAGACACUGAACAGAAGAAGGCAGAAGUGCCUGAAGUGCAAGCACUAGAACAGGACCAGCCACCACAGAAACAAGACCAGCCUUCGGAUGAUGUAGCCGUGGAAGAAGAUCAGGCAGCAGAGAACAAUAAGAAAAAUCUUCGUAUCGAAGCUGUGCAGCAAGCUCAGGGUGUCUUCGAUUGGGUGCAUUCGCUGUGCACUCCAUCAUCGUAUAUCCUUCCGUGUGCACCAUCACCUCUUCAGAUUCUUCAACAAUGUUGUCGCUUGCUAGGCCAUCCGCUGCAAAGGCCGCCCCAACAUCUCGCCCAUCAUCACUUGCGGCCUGUUCAGACGUCCAACCAAUCUGAGAAGCCCGAAUCUGCGAGCCAGCAGCAUCAUACACCGCUCCCUUCCAGACAUAGCCAGAUGAUAGGUGGUGAUCGCGACUCCUCGACCGAAAGUAGCAGCACACUUUCACGGCCGGACGAUGAGUCGAUGCUAGUUGACCUUACGUGAUGCGACGUUAAGGUCUCAUAUCGGCAACAGUACGCAGCACCGGUUAAUGGCGAUUGCCAAAAAUUCACAGGGAAGUUAGGUACAUAAUAAAUGUCUGUAGUUAGAAAAACGGGCCAAAAAGCGGCUCAAAAAUUGGCAGGGUAAGAGCUAUAUGUCGUCUGUAAACGAGCGUAUUCGUAGGUGAGAAGUAAAAAUGACCUUGAGGAAGUGGGGAGAGUUAGAGAAUCAAGAAAGCUAAAAAUGACGAUUUGUUAGGUUACAGGUAAAUGUAUUUUUGCGUUUUGUGAGCCAUCGUAUUUCAAGAAUCCAUUUUCCUUGUAACCUAUAAACACGUGCAUAAAAAACGCGGACAAGUAAACAUACAACCAAACGUACAUGUGGUAGGCAUGUACAUAUAAAUAAGAAACAGUGCUGAUUAGAAGCAUGUAAUGGGUGGAUGAAUAUAUGAGCUAUAAUCGUAUUAAAAAUGGCGGGUACAUUUAUUCCCGCGUAAGGAAAAUAACAGCAUGUACACUGAGUUUGUGCUUCUGGCAAAAUUCACUGUUAAUCAGAAAUUUUUAAUGGCGAAUUUACAGAAAUGCGGAAAUUGUUUUAUGUUAGACGAAGCGUCACGUGAGGUCAAAAGAGUUAAAUGUUCUUUAGUUGCCUCUAGUGCACACAGCCAAAUUAUUAUUAUUACUAUUAACGCUAACAUCAAUAGUGCGGAUAUUAACAAAAACAAAGCUUCAAUUAAGCCACAGGUGAUCACCGAUGACUUUACUGGGUGCAAAUAACGCAAAGUGUUGAGCUCCCGAAAUUUCUUAAGCAGUAAACAGUCGCUUGGGUAAAUGCACAAAACGAUAUUAAUACAAUUUGUUAUCGCUUGUGGGUCAGCGUGUAACUGUCCCACCGUGUCAAUUGCAUCUAACUAUUAAGCAUAAAGGAGCAAGAAUGAAGAAAACCUUAUUUCCAGUAGAUGUUUUAAUAUGACCGAUCCAAGUCAUGCAUUAAAAGUAUAGUAGGUUUUUGCAACAGUUCUAUGUAACGAUAGAAUCAAUUGAAAAGCAUAUCUGUCUUCUUCGCGGUUUCGUUUGUCUAUGUACAACUAGAAAACGUAACAAAAUUAUGUCUGUAAGCAAAGCAUGCUUGUUGUACAGCCCCAAGAAACAGCAAACAAAAACUAGUAAUUCGUAGUGACGAUCAAGAAAUCACGUUUCUUACUUUUUGUAUAUAGUACGUACAAUUGUAAGAUUCGACAUUAAAACAAAAAAGCUAUAACAUAACUAGCUUGAUAAAAACUCGCGCUAUCGUUGAAUUUCUAUUUCGUUGCCUAUUUUAGUAUCGUACCUAAAUGCACACCUACACACAUACACAUACACUAUACACAUACACAGACGUACAUACACACACCCACACACAUACACUAGUUGAUUUAUUAUAAUUUAGUAUUUACAGCAAUAAUUGAACAACUUCGGUACACCUCCUGCGACCUCCUCGGCCAUCAAAUUCCACAAACAACGCCACAUGACUGAUAGUUUUACGUCUGUGUGUGACGAACUGCACAGGCGAAUAGAGUGAACGAAACAAAGGGGAUGGGGAGAGAAAAAAAAUACACACUCUGCUGAAGCAUAUUUGCAUUCAUGAUAAAAAUGCUGUUGAACGGCGAUUUAUUCAUGGGGAAUCAGUUGAGAAUGAAGGAAACGGUAUAUUAGAAAACAUUUUUCGAGAUCAGAAAACCCAGAAAUGUAGACAGAGGCAGACAGGAAAAA